AUGAAGUGUUCGCAAGAACAAGCAGUGUAUACAAGAAACAAUGGAGAUGAAACACUCAUAGUUGGUGUGUACGUUGAUGACUUGAUUGUCAUUGGUACAAAUGUGGAAGGCAUCAAAGAGUUCAAGCACCAAAUGAUAAAAGAAUUUGAGAUGAUUGAUCUCGGGUCACUCACGUACUACCUCGGUAUUGAAGUAGACCAAAGGAAAAAUUGCAUCACGCUAAAACAAUUGGCCUAUGCUAAGCAGGUGAUGCAGCAAUUUAAGAUGGCAGAGUGCAACCCAACUAAGUAUCUCAUGGAAGCAAAGUUAAAACUCGCGAAAGAUACUAAAGGAAGCUUGGUGAAUUCCACUGAGUAUAGGUGCAUCAUCGAAAGUCUAUGGUACUUGACUCAUACUCGUUCGAACCUUUCAUAUGUUGUUGGAAUGGUGAGUAGGUACAUGGAAAAGACUGCUAUGAUGCAUCAUCAAGCGGUUAAGCACAUUCUCUACUAUGUGAAGCGAACCACAAGUUCUGGGCUGAAGUAUCAAAGAGGGUGA